AUGGCGGAUGGAUUGAACAACAGCACUUCGCAAAAGAGGCAACGUACGAGCAAACCUUCCGAUGAUACCGACGCGAAGAAAAAACGCACGGCGACACUGCUGGAUCUGGAUGCUAUCGACUGUUCCCGUUUGCUUCGAUGCUUUGAGCAUUCCUAUCUUCCAGGCGAAGAUGCGCAACGUGAUCCUUACUCACUCUUUCCCGCAAUAGAGCUAUGGAGCAUGUUCUUGAACUACUUAGAGUCCCAUGUCCAAAUGCAGAAUUUGGCUGCUCUGAGAGUUUCUCUUAUGCUGAAAGAUCAACACAUUAAUUUAGACAAGUGCGCUUUCGCCCAACGUGCUUGCCCUUUCAGCAGCUGCGACUUCAUUGGCUCUUCGUUGGGUAUAUAUGAACACAGCGUUGCUAAACACUGUAAAACCUCACGCAUGUUUGAUUGUGAAUGGCCUGUGUUUGUGUGCCCGUCAAUUUGUGAGAGGAUCAUUCUCAAGGAACGGACUACUGCCGAAGGAGAAGGAGAAGGAGAAUUUGUGGUUGUGGAGUGUUUCGACACGUCACAGGGUCGAAUAAUCUAUGCUAGCUGUAUCGGACCAGGAACAGAGAAGUUCUCCUACAGCUUGAAGUUUCAUUUCUCUGACGGUGAUCUCUUGCGGUUUGAAUCACGUCUCAAGAGAGUUUGCGAAGUGAGCAAUGAACCACCAGAUGAGCCUUUUAUGAUGGUUCCUUCACGCAUGUGCCCUGACUACAAGUUGCAAAUAAGCAUCAGACGGAAGACUUCUUAA